AUGGCCCAAGAAGUCGACCAGGUGGCCGCAACCCUCCACCGUUUCGGCGAAGACAACACCCUCUACAACGAGGGCUACGGAUCCAAAUGGAAUCCUGAAGGAAAACCCGACAACUGCGUCUGGGUUUCCGUCUCCCGCUUCUUUAAUCACCCUGUGCCGGAAUGGUCUAGCAUGGUGAGCGCCGCGGCACCUCCCGGAGGGGCCAGCGUGGGAGAGAUCGCGCACUUCAUCCGACAGACCUGUACCAUGGCCCGAUGCUACAUGAAGGACGUCGAGCCCACCGAUAUCUUUUACCAGGGCACGCUCGUGUGCUACUCGCGGCCCGACGGCUCUGGACACUGUGUCCUGCAGCGUGAGGGGCGGUAUAUGUGCUUCCAGCACAGCGACGACGGGAUUGAUCUCUCCGAUGAGGUCAAUGACCCAGAUAACACGAUCUUUUAUUGUUGGACCUUUGUAGAUAGUGUCUACUAG